AUUGUUUUCCUUUUGCGAUUGGUAUCUCUAACGAUACAUCGCCGGUUUCCUUCCCUGGCGCCGGUGAUAUCCUCCCUUGCGUAGGUGUUCUCACGUUUUGGCGCCGGUCUACAUUCAUUGCAGUCGGCUCUUCUUCACUCUCGCUUGUCGGCAUAGUCAUAGGCUCGGAGUUCCAUGGCGGGCUCUUCUACUUGGAGGUCGAAGCGUCUGAGGAGGAACGCUUCUAAUGGUGUUGGAGGGGACACUGAUGAAGGUAUUCAAGCUAAUAUGCUGGAUAAUCCGCCCUCAGACAAUUUGGAAUCUCCCCCUGUUGUUUUGCCCACUACCGUCCAACCAGACCCGGUGCAAGAUGAUUCUGAUAGUGGGCUUGGUGGGGAGGAUGUGCAGUUGUUUCCUGAAUUGAAGAUUCGUGGCAGCCCAAAGCAUUUAGCAUGGCCAAUUAAGCGCUUUAAUGCUUGUCAAAAGAACGCCGUGCGUGCGCUUGGACUUGGAGAUAUGUUGGACUUUCAGGUUGAAGGUAUUCCAAAGUCUAUGUGUAGGUGGCUGAUUAGUAAUUUUGACCCAACUAACAUGUGUUUGAGCCUGGAGAACGGAUUGGUCCUCCCUGUUACAGAGGAGGAUGUUCAUUAUACAUUGGGUCUUCCGCAGGGUAGUGUUGUUAUUACAAAGAGAAAAAAGGAUGAUGUCAGUGAUACCUUAAAGGAAUGGAGGUCUAAGUUCAACAAAGAGAAGCAUGAUAUCACACCGGCUAUGAUUGCAACUAAGGUCAGAUCUCUUUUGGAGGGGGAUGUCUGGUUUAAGCGCCAUUUUGCCGUUCUUGUUGUCAGUGUUUUGGGUGGGACGAUGACAAACGGGUAUGCAAACCAGUUGGUCUUUCAUCAUUUUGAGGAUGUUGAUGGUAUUAAAAAUUUGAACUGGUGUAAGUUCAUAUUGGAAAGUUUGGUUGAAAGACAUGCCCAGUGGGUCCAUAAUCCAGAUAAGCAGUUUUCUGGUCCUAUUGUCUUCUUGCUGGUUCAGUUGCUUUAUGUGGACAGGGUUGUGCAUUCCGACAGGGUCGUGCCUCGUCUUGUGCCAUCAUUACGUGGGUGGAGUUCUAGACAUCUUAAGGCUAGACAAUUAUCUGAGAUUCGGGCUGGAGGCUUUGGCCGAGGGGUUGUAGAAGGACAUAUUGUUGUUGCAACUGACAAUCAGGAGGACGCUGCUACUAGUGGGAGAGACUCACAGGCUCACACAACUGUCCCAAAGACUGAUGCUGAGGACUUCGAUGACAAGUCUGUUGCGUUAGGGAAGGCUCUGGAUGAUAUGGUGCAAUUCCUAGAGAGUCAUCCGGGUCAUACGACCAGUUCUGAUAUGUUUCGCCAUGUGCUCUCUGCUGCUCGCAGGAUCAUUACGCUAUCUGAUCAGCGUGGUCAUACAGCGGAAGACAACCAUGGUGGUACGGAGGGUGGUGCAACGCAGCUGGAAGAGGAUAUGUGGAACAAUCCAUACAAUCUACGUGCCGUUGAGGCGAUUGAGAAGGCGGCUCAGCAGACCAACUCUGUUCAACAAAUUCCUUCAUUUACUGUUAGCGCGAAUGCUGAUAUUCCUACCAAAGGAUGGACAGAGGUUGAAGCUAUUGUUCGACAGUAUGAUGACGUACCUAUGACUGACCCAUUACGGGGGUCGCGCUCAAAAUCACCAGAUGCAGUAAGUAUGAUUGUGUACAAGCGCAAGAAAUUACCACGUAGUUAGGUUGUUAGUACUGUAUGAUCACUUUUGUCAGUUAGUAAGCACUUAUCCUAUGGUGUAGGUUGCUUGUAUUCACAUUGCUUUUUUGUUAUGCCUGUACUGUUUUUUGUGGUCGUAGUAAACGCAGGGGGCAAGCAUCUGUAUACCGUAAGUGCAGGUCGUACUAUGAAGUUUCUGUUUUGCGCACAAGCUUAUAACUUUUAUUUCAAUCACAUUUAUUAGUACUUGUAUCCCCAUUACUGCCUCGCAUGAUUGUACCCCCUUUCAGACACAAUCUGCACACACUUGAACCCCAAUGUUUCCAUUUCACAUUAUAUAGGUCUCUAUG